CACCCCACCCACCCCACCCCUACCCGGGUCUGGAUAAAGAAUUAACAGCAAAACACAGAUGAAGUGACGGACUCGAUUCGCCACUUGGGGGGCUUUCAAUCCCCAUCUUGUUGCCGCCAACUCCUCUUUCUCUUUCUCUCUGCCAACUCAGAACAAUCCGAAGCUUCGAGGCCGACGAAACGAGGAGAAGAGAUUUGCAGAGAAGAAAGGAAGGGAGGGAGGGAGGGAGGGAGGGAGGAAGGAAGGAUCAACUAUGCGAUUGUUGUGGUGGUGGUGGAGAGCCUGCGAUGCUGCAGCGGCAGAAGAAGCUCGUUGAUGGCCUUGCAAAUGACUUGGCAAUCGAAUUUCCAUCACAGGCGAAAGAACGCUCCUCCACUAGGGUUAAAGAAUCUUGGAAAUACUUGUUACCUCAAUAGCGUCCUUCAGUGCUUGACCUACACCCCUCCCCUCGCCAAUUUUUGCCUCAAGAAUCAACACUCCUCUCUCUGUGAUUCGACCUCGGAGGCCGACCGGAAGCGAGAUUGUCCCUUCUGCAUAUUAGAGAAGAGGAUAGUACGGUCGCUAAGCAUCGACCUUCCACUUGAUUCUCCUAGCAAGAUCCAAAAUUGUCUCAGGAUUUUCUCCGAGCACUUCCGGUCCGGGAGGCAAGAGGACGCACAUGAGUUCCUUCGCUAUGUUAUUGAUGCCUGCCACAACACCUGUCUUCGUCUUAAAAAGCUUCAGAAGCUUCAAUGUCGGAAGGGGGAUGAGUCUUGCAACGGUGCUAGUAACGGUGGCGGUGGCAGCGGCUUUGGUGGCGACACAAUUGUUAAGGAGAUCUUUGGUGGUGCCUUGCAGAAUCAGGUGAAGUGUCUCUCAUGUGGGGCGGAGUCUAAUAAGACUGAUGAGAUCAUGGAUAUCAGUCUGGACUUGUUCCAAAUUAAUUCUCUCAAGGAUGCUAUGCAACGGUUCUUCCAGGCAGAGAUCUUGGAUGGCAGCAACAAAUAUAAAUGUGAGAAGUGCAAAAAGUUGGUGGCAGCCAGGAAGCAGAUGUCUAUUCUCAAAGCGCCAAACAUCCUUGUAGUUCAACUCAAGAGAUUUGAGGGCAUACAUGGUGGAAAGAUUGAUCGUUCCAUUGCAUUCGAGGAUGUUUUGGUGCUUUCGAGCUACAUGUGUAAAGCAAGCCAGGAUCCAUGUCCAGAGUAUAACCUUUUCGGAACCAUUGUGCAUUCGGGUUACUCACCGGAGUCUGGUCACUACUAUGCAUACAUUAAGGAUGCAAUUGGCAGGUGGUAUUGCUGCAAUGAUUCUCAUGUUUCACUUUCAACUCUGCAGGAGGUUUUGUCAGAGAAAGUUUAUAUUCUUUUCUUCUCGCGUACGAACCAAAGACCCAAGCCAACCAAGUCUGCUUUUGCAUCCAAUGGAGUGAAGUCUCCUAAUUGCAAUGGUAGUGCUGCAAUAGGAAGCCCAAAGGCAGCUCUUCCGUUGAAGACAUUGCCCACAAAACUAAAAAGCAUUAAUUCCCAGGACAACAAUAUAUCAACAACGUUUAAGAUUGACAAAGUGCCUUCAAGCCCACGGAUUAAGUUUGGCAUCUUGAGAAAUCCUGAUAUUAAAAGAAUCAUUUCAAAUGGUGGACCUGUAGAAAAGCACGUGGGACUGAAAGAAUCUUUAGGUGUGGAUAGAAGUAAGAAUGAGGUAUCAUCAACAAUUGACAGGAAUGGCGCUAAUGAGAACGGAUGUCCUGAUAGUGAAGGGAAAUGCAGUUUAUCUUUACCUCAUCAAAAUGGUGAAAUCCAGUGUACUAAUGAUAGUUCAGUGAAAACGGUAGUAUGUGAGAAUAAUGAUGCAGGAAACCUGGGAACAUUGGGAAUGUUGCCUAAUUUUGACUGUGCAGUUUGCAAUGACAAGGACCAUCGCCUCCCUGAACUCUCAGGGUCCAAGAGAAAAUCAAUAGAGGAGACUUGCAUUUUGCUUGCACAAGAUGCUUCUUCUCAGGCAAAGUUGGAGAAAUUUAAAGAAGUGCUUGCUAAGGAUGCUUCUUCAAGUUUGCGUUCAUGUGGUUGGCAUGAUAUGGUUUACCAUUUUAUGCAAGAGAGGAAGAGAUUAUGUGUGCGAGAAGCAGGCAACUGUACCAGUAAUCCUGAAAUAAAGAAGAUGUUGAUUGUAGAUGCCAAAGAAAAUUUCCUCUUGCAAAUUCCUGAGCUAUUGAAGGAGCAUCUGGUUGAAUGCCUUAGAUCAUUUAGCAAGGAAAAAUAGUUUCUGGAUGCUUAGAUCGCUGAAACCGUCUCGUGCUCACUAUAGAGGCCUGGUGUAUAUUCUGUAUCACUGAUGCAUGAAAACAUCUCAAUGGUCGCAUGGUAUUUAGAAAUGUAAGUAUCGAAUGAUGAUACUUACAUUUGCACUGAACAUUGGAGAUGGGUGGAAAUUUUUGUAUCAUUUGAUUCUGUCUUUAGUAAUUUUAAUUCAUUUCAGGCGCAUCUGUGAAACUCGGGUCCAAGUAGAGAAUCUGAUAUGGAUCCUCAUCACAAAAUUUCAUCAUCUUUGAGGCAGUGCAGUUUUGAUAUGGCAGAGAAUGAGUGCAGAAUUAUAUACCAUUUUGUACAAUAUCCUUUUUGACAAUGUUGUUAACCCAUCCUCUUAUGAAUUCUUAAAAUUUUCCCAUCAAAGUAUGGUCAGAUAUAGCAUUCCGAAAAUAUAUUCAAUUGUUGAGUUUAUCCGUGGAUCAGAUAUCACAUUUUUUUUGGAAGUUAAUGGCUUUCUUCUUGUUA